AUGGAACGUAGCUUCCCUGACCAUGACUAUACAAAUCGCGGUUUGUGGAACACGUAUAUGCCCCACGCCCUAGAUCUCAUUAAGAGAGUCGAUCUCCAGCGCUCCAAGCAAGGUCCGAACCCGGUCUACAAAGCCUCAAGGUGCCUUUUGGCUGACGGUCGGGCUAGAGAAGCAUCCUUUUGGCUAAGUGAAUUGAACGAUUUGCUAGAAGGAUCUCUAGCUAAAGAGGACCCCCGCCGACUAUCAUUACAGCAUUUCCUCGCCGUUGCAUAUCGAGGCAGUGGGCAGGUCGGCAAGGCAAUCAAGCUGCUUAAGCAUGCCGUUACCCCACAAGAGAAGUCUCUAGCUGAGGAGCACCUUCAGCGACUAAUGGCGCUACAAGCCCUUGCCGUCGCAUAUCGAAAAUGA